CUAUCUUCUAGAUGCUCGUAAACAUAAUUAAACUCAAGUUUUUCGUGUUUUCAGGCUACAGGGAUAAAAAGAGUUAUCGAUUUUUCGCGAAAAAAUUAAGAGGAGAUCUUCUUAUAUCGGACAUGAACAGCGAAUCGCUGCAAAUUCUUGCCCAACACAGAAAGUUAUUGAUCAACGUUGGGAUACACCUCACGUCAAUUGUAAAUUCGACUUCGUGCACAGUUGACCGGGUGCCAAAGUGUUUCCUUAAGAAGGUAAAAAGUUACAAUCAUGAGUUGAACUUUGACAGAUUGAUAAAAAACGUUCGACAAUUGCUGCUGGAAAUAGCUAACGGAAUAGCAGAAUCAAAGUGCACGAUUCUGCCUAUGCUUCCAAUCGCUAUAAAUAACAUCAUAGCCAGUGAAGCUUGCCAUGGAGCAAUUAAAUUUGGUGAUCCCCUUAACGUUGAGGAGUGUACGACUCUUAUCAAAGCUUUGCAAGAUACCAAAGCCCCGACUCGCUGCGCUCAUGGGAGACCGUCAAUCGUACCUUUGAUAGACCUGACUGAUCUAGGGAAUCUUAAGCCUCCGGUGAAGGUAUGUUUUUUAUUCUUCGUAUCCAUUUAA